UGACAGCUGGGGCGGCUGUGAAGGUCAUAUAAGUGGAAGCCUAGUUGUGUCAAGAUGGAGAGCAUUUUUUGCCUCAAAAUCAACCAAGAAAAAUCAAGUUAAUUCCUUGCCCCUUUCUUAAAAGGGUUUUGUAAUUCUAAUAAGAAUAUUGUCAUAUUCUGGUCCUUGAGAUUUAGUUUAAUGACUCAAAUCAGUCACGUGGAACUCCUAGUCAUAGUUUGAUGUCAAUUUCACAUGUUUGAGCUGCAAAAUAUCCCCUAUAGGUGAUAAUGGAAUUUUCCUUAUGGCAUACAUCAGUGUUUGCAUCUGCAUUGAAUGCGGGAAUGCUUAUGAGCAACUAGUCUUCUGUGACAUUUUCCACUCAAAGGACCCUGGUUGGAGGGAAUGCACUUCAUGUGGCAAGCCUCUCCAUUGUGGAUGCAUUGCUUCCAACUCUUUGCUUGAGCUACUUGACAGUGGUGGUGUAAAUUGCAUUAGCUGCACAAAAAGUUCAGGAGUUUGCACUGCCAAAACUGAUGAAAAGGCUAAAGGAUUAGGCAUCACAAUGUCAAAAACUGUUGGUGAAAAGGUGUAA